GACGUGCGGGGCUGAGGGUAACACCCAAACAUGUGGAGGGGCUUAUAGGAACAACGUAUACGACACUGGAUUCAGAAUGGAAGAAAAUCGGGUCAGUGCGGAUGUUGCAAAGCUUUCAUCUGGAGCUACAAUCGAAUGCUCAUCAAGCACAAGUAGAACCAGUUGCAAUAAUGCGAUAGAUGGAGAGAUUAAAUCUACAUUCGAAAACUUAGGACACACAUGGAAAUCCCAGUCUCGUUCACGAUAUCUAGUCCAUAUCAGACUGGAUGCUGGCACGCUACUCAGUAUCCGGGUAACGCAGAAUGGAUACAAGCAGACCUUGGUCAAGUAAUGUUUAUAAGAGGGAUCAUAACUCAAGGAAGAAAUUGGGCACACCAGUGGGUUUCGUCAUACAAGUUUUUAUAUGGUAAAGACGAAGACAGCCUAUAUGAAUAUAAGACGGUUCUACAAGGCAAUAGCGAUAGAGAUACGAAGGUUCAAAAUAUGCUUGAUCCACCUGUAGAAGCCAGAUACGUUCGGAUCAAUCCUCAAACCUACUAUGUCAACAUGUGUAUGAGAUUUGAUGUUAUUGGCUGCCCAGUAGAACCUGGAAAUGUUGGCGCAUGGGUCAAUGUCACUUUGGCAAGACCAUUUUGGGUUAAAGAGGUUGGUAUGAUCCAGAAUCGCGAGAGCCUCUUAACGCAGGCCCGCAAAGUCAAAAUGGAUUUCAGCGAUGGUUCAACAACCAAGACGGAUAUGUUUGAUAUGAAAUCUACGGACCAACAUAGUUGGGAAUCUGUGAGAUUUGAACCACCUCUUCUUGCCAAUUGGGUAAAGAUAACGUUCAUUGAAGCGUAUGUGAAAUCAGCAGAACCAUUUGGAAUAGUAGAACUGGAUAUACUUGCUGAUUUUGGACCAUUGACUAAUCAGGCUGCUCUUAUUGGAACUGCAACGUCAUCAUCUCAAUUCAACUCGGAUCUUGCUGCACAUAACGCAAUUGAUGGGACACUCAUUGCCAAUUUUGCUUUUCAAUGGAACACGUGGGAAGGCCAGUGGAUUUCAAUUACGUUAGAUGCGGAAUAUUGGGUACACGUGAUUAAAUACGCAAACAGAUGUGCAAGGAACAGUCAGCACAAGAAAGUACUUGUCCAGCUGUACGAUGCGUCGGCAAGUUUGAAAU